AUGUAUACCGGAAAAUUCAUCGAUUUUUGCGUUCUACUAUUAAUAAUAUGUAACAGCACGUAUUGUACGGCGAAAUUAUCAUUGUUCGAUCAAAGUAAAAAUGAAUUGGCAUCUUUUGACACCAUAAAUUUCAUAUGGAUUAAAUCCUCUUUGAUUUCCUUGAGCAAUGCAUCCUUGGUGAUCGGUGAAUUCUUGAGUGGUUCAACGCCGUGCAGAAUAAAACCUCCCUCGAUACCGAACAUUGACGUCAUAUUGAUAAAAUUUGAUAAGGCGUCAACAAAUUACGGAUGUUCUUCUUACGCGGACGUAAUUCAAAGUAACGGAUGGCUAGAUGAUCAAGAUGAUCAACCUGAAACGGCCGAGUUUCCUACCGAAUCCAUAACGAUUACAACAACCAUAUCGGGAUGUGAAUUAUCGUCAACACCUAAAUCAACAACAAUUUGUAACAAUGCGCUCUCUUUAAAUAUGGUACAACCACGAGACAAUGUUUCAACACCAAAGGUAAUAAUCUUCUCGUCAAUGAAUGGUGGUGAUCCUGGAAUAAGGGAUAAAUAUUAUGGAGACUUUAAGAUAUUAUCAAAGGCUAAAUCAAAUUUGGCAUUAAUAAGACGAUCUGAUGCGAAAAAGGUUUCAAAGUUAAAACCUAAAACUUCUUUUGUCGAGUUUAUAUCAGAAACGGGACCUUGGAUGGAAUUGCUCGAAAGCAAAGAAUUAAAAAUAUGGUCCAUUUUAUUUGGAAUCUUUUAUUCGUUCAUUAUAAUCUCGUCAUUUUCAUUAUUCGUCUUGGCCAUAAAAAAAUAUAAAUGUGCUCCUACAAAUCCAAGAUUAUGGUUAUUUAUUGCAAUUAUUUCUUGCGCAUGCAUUUUCCUUUCUAUGCUGGAAUAUGAUCCAUGGGCCAUGCGUUCUAAUCAUUUAUCAGAGUUGAAGUAUGAAUCUAUCGUCAUGACGGGAUAUUACGUGUUAUGCCUUUCUUAUGCGAUAUUCCUGUUUCCAUGGAUCAAAGCGACAAAGAAUUUGUCAGAAGAAGUAAUUUAUAGGAUAGAAUUGGUUCAAAAGUUAUGUCGCAUAUUUCAAUUUGGAAUAAUAAUCGCUAUAUUGUUGAAAACAGGAUCUAUAAUAUUUUACCUGUUUCGAUUUUCUUCAAUGAAAUUUAUAAUACCUUCAAAAUUAUUACAAUUGAUAUUUAUGAUACUGGAAGGAUUAUUCUGUUUGAUUACGAUGUUGAUUUUCGGGAUUUUCGGUACCAUCAUUUUCUUUGCAAGAAUGCAUGAACAACGUUUGAUACGAGCAUUAAGAAAAAGAAGAAGACCAAAUAAUGACGUUCCAAGUCAACCUAUGUUAUUAUUCGGAUUACAUUCAAAUACUAUUGGAAAAUAUUCUCACAUGACGUACACUGGUAGUAGUGAUGAAAACGUUACUAUCUCCACCAUCUCACCUCCCCCUUCAAGGGAUUCUUCUUUACAUAAUUCGAGUAUUGCCGCCGGCGCUACUUCUCGUCAUAAAAGGAGAACUACUGUGGAAAUUUUAUUUGGUAGAAGGAGUUUAGGAUU